AUGAUCCAGAUGAUAACAGUCAAUACAACACUUGGCACAGGCCUUUAUUGGCGUGGUGGCCAAAUACUGGGGUUAGGCGGGCCCUUAGCGGUUCUAUUGUCCUUUCUCAUUGUUGGCUUACUAUCUUGGGCCAUUAUGCAAUGCAUUUCAGAGAUGGCAUGUAUGUGGCCUGUGCCCGGUGCAAUGUCAUUGUAUGUCGCUAAAUUUAUUGAUCCGGAUCUGGGAACAAUCGUUGGCGCUGCAUACUGGUUUACAUACACAGUGGGAUUUCCUACACUUAUAGCCACCUCAGCUGCCGAGUUUAACUUCUGGGAUGGGCUAAAAGACAAUAAAGCUUUUCAUGGGGCAGUUGUAUACUGCCUGAUCCCGAUUACGAUUGUUGGUAUCAAUGCAUUCAGGGUUGAGAUAUACGGCUGGAUUGAGGUGGUAUCGGGCUUUUUAAAGAUUGCUUUCCUCUUCGUGAUUAUUAGCGCUCUAAUUGCGAUCAAUUCUGGAGCUCUGAAACGUUUAGAUUGGGAUAAACCCACACAUUUUGACCACUCUGCCGCUGAUAACUGGUUCACUGCUCUAUUAAUGAGCAUAUCAAUAGCGACAUUCGCCUUCGUUGGCAUUGAGGUUGCUGCAGCAUCUUCCCUGGAGGCAAAAUGGCCAAAGAGAUCUUCAGAAUCAGAAAAUCCAGAAGUGGGCGAAACCCUCACAGACGAAGUCCCUGGGCGUACUAUUAAAAAUUCAGCUGUCUACACCUCAUUUUGGGCUACUCUGAUGUACUCUUUAAGCGGGGUGCUUGAAACUUUUGACAUCUCGUCCGAAGAUUGUCAGCUUCCUAGAGUCAGUUGGCUUGAGGAAUCCGAUAAAAGAGUUUGCAAGGGGUCUGUAAGCCAAGCUGCAUUUGUCACGAUCGCUAAAGUUUCCAAAAUUCCAUACUUGGCAGAUGUUUUCAACAUAUUCCUUAUAUUCACUUGCCUUACUUGUGCCAGUACGAAUCUAUUUGUUGCUUCUCGAACUCUAUUCGGUCUCACUACUCGAUUAGAUGGCAGCAGAGACCAACCACGGUACAUGCGCUUUUUUGCAUGGUUUGGAAAGACUGAUCGCCGCCAGGUUCCCUUACGAGCCGUGAUAGGUUCUGCGAUUUUUCUUUCGUGGGUCCCCUUCUUGCAGCUUAUCGGAGGUGGUGAAAACACUUAUUCACCAAUAAAUACGUUUAUCGACGUACUGGGAAUUCGUGGGAUAUUUCUCGAGCAGCUUAGAGAUACUAAUAUUUGCAGCGUUUCCAAGCACCGUGAUGAGAUACUGGAUGAAAGGAUUGUAUACUUCCCUCGCAGCUCGAACUAUUAUCCUUACCGCAGCCAUUUCCAGCCAUGGCUGGCUUAUAUUGCCUUGAUUGGCUGUCUUUUCCUAUUACUUGUCGCCAAUGGAGCCGCCUUAUGGAACGGGUUCCAUCUUAUACCUUUUCUCUCAUCAUACUUUACCGUACUCGUGUUUGUUGGGUCAUGGGUUUGUUUGAAGCUGAUUAGAGGCUCUAGGUGGUCUUACGUUGAUCUAUCAGAUCCUCAGAGAGUUAAGACUAUACUGCAAAACCUACAUUAUCUUGCAAGAGAAGCACGGUCUUGA